GCCCGCGCCCGCCACCGCCGCCGCCGCCGCAGCAGCAGCAGCAGCUCCCGCACAACUUUCCGGCCCGCGCCACCGCGAGCGCGCCUGCCACCGCUUCCCCCUGCCUCUCCUUCUGCGCCCUUCCCGCCCCUUCGCCUUCCCUCUUGCUAGGUGGCCGGGAAGGAAGACGCGAUUCAGUCAGGAUGGCUAAAGGUGAUCCCAAGAAACCAAAGGGCAAGAUGUCUGCUUAUGCCUUCUUUGUGCAGACUUGCAGAGAAGAACAUAAGAAGAAAAAUCCAGAAGUCCCUGUCAAUUUUGCAGAAUUUUCCAAGAAGUGCUCUGAGAGGUGGAAGACAAUGUCUGGGAAAGAGAAAUCUAAAUUUGAUGAAAUGGCAAAGGCAGAUAAAGUACGCUAUGAUCGAGAAAUGAAGGACUAUGGACCAGCUAAGGGAGGCAAGAAGAAAAAGGACCCUAAUGCCCCCAAAAGACCACCGUCUGGAUUCUUCUUGUUCUGUUCAGAAUUCCGCCCCAAGAUCAAGUCUACAAAUCCUGGUAUCUCCAUUGGAGAUGUGGCAAAAAAGCUGGGUGAGAUGUGGAAUAACUUAAGUGACAGUGAAAAGCAGCCAUACAUCACGAAGGCUGCAAAGCUGAAGGAGAAAUACGAGAAGGAUGUUGCUGACUAUAAGUCUAAAGGAAAGUUUGAUGGCACAAAGGGUCCUGCUAAAGUUGCCCGGAAAAAAGUGGAAGAGGAAGACGAAGAAGAGGAGGAAGAAGAAGAGGAGGAGGAGGAGGAGGAGGAUGAAUAAAAAACUGUUUAUCCGUC